UUCCCUGGCUCUCAGUAACACACCACGAUUCGUAAUAGCCACCAUGUUGUAUGUCUGCAUAUGCAUCGAGUGCUGCCACUCCGCCAUUGGUAAAGAACCCCUCCUAGGGUUUAACCUUUACCGCAUAUAGCUGUUUUGUAUAUCACAACGAUGAACUGAUGACUUAUGCAUCUCAUCAAGAAAACAUCCCACUAGCUUUCCGAAAAAUUGAAUCGCGGUCUUACAAGCGCAAUAGAAGAAGUAUCCAGCCAGCAGUGGAACAGCGAAAACUUAGUCUCAAAAAGGAGGCGCUGCUAUUCGUAGUCAAGCACAACCACAAAGCUUCUUUUUUAGUCCAGCCAUAAGCCCCGCAUCACCGAAAUAUCUUUUGCCUAAGACGGCGACAAUAAUUAUUUCCACGUAACGACAAUCGAAUGAGAC